UAAAAAAAAAAUCACUAUGGCAAAUGUAAAUUUAGUGCUCAACGUGUGGAAAUUUUAAUUUGAAAGCUGCUAUUUUUGCUUCAUAUAUAAAUUUUCAUGCUCUUAGCUUUAGCAGCUAUUGUCACCCGACACAAACACACAGUCACAAACAAUGAUGCUCAAAUCAACGUUCACUCCUCUUUUCUCAAUCUUUCCCGCCAAACCCAGAACUCCAAAACUGUUUCAUUACCGCACUAUAAGUAUAACCAACACUUUCACGCCCAACCCACCAAGUGUUCGACAAAAUGCCUCAUCCAACACCCUCACUGUUCCUCCUCCUCAACUUCCUCCUACUUCAGCAUACAUCCACCUACCCUUCUGCCGAAAGCGUUGCCACUACUGUGACUUCCCAAUUGUCGCUCUCGGCUCUUCUUCUAACCAAACCAAUGACGACGACCCUCGAAUCUUAAACUAUGUACAAUUGCUCUGCCGAGAAAUCAAUGCUACAAAACUAGAAUGUAACACCAACCCACCUCUCAAAACAGUGUUUUUCGGGGGUGGUACGCCUUCACUAGUGCCACCGAGGCUUGUGUCUUCGGUUCUCGAAGUUUUGAGGUUGAAAUUUGGGUUGAGUUCAAAUACCGAAAUAUCUAUGGAGAUGGACCCUGGGACCUUUGAUUCUAAGAAGCUGAAGGAGUUGAUUGGGUUGGGAGUGAAUAGAGUGUCUUUGGGAGUUCAGGCAUUUCAACAAGACUUGUUGAAGGCUUGUGGGAGAGCACAUGGUUUGGAAGAGGUUUAUGAGGCAAUUGAGAUUGUUGGGUCAUGUGGUGUUGAGAAUUGGAGUAUGGACCUUAUUUCAUCUCUUCCUAACCAGACACCUGAAAUGUGGGAAGAAAGUUUGAGGCUCACCGUUGAAGCUCAACCUACCCACGUGUCUGUAUAUGAUUUGCAAGUCGAACAAGGCACAAAAUUUGGUAUAUUGUACACACCCGGCGAGUUUCCUCUGCCUUCUGAAAUACAGUCAGCUGAUUUCUAUAAAAUGGCUUCAAGGAUGCUUUCUGAUGCUGGUUACAACCAUUAUGAAAUUAGUAGUUACUGCAAAAGUGGCUUUGAGUGCAAACACAAUCUUAUAUAUUGGAAGAACAAACCUUUCUAUGGGUUUGGCCUUGGGUCUGCUAGUUAUGUUGGUGGACUGAGGUUUUCAAGGCCGAGGAAGAUAAAAGAAUACAUGGGAUAUGUGCAGAAUUUGGAGAAUGGGCUGGUGGAUUGCUGUGGAAAUGAUCCUAUUGAUGCAAAGGACAUGGCCAUGGAUGUUGUGAUGCUCUCUCUAAGAACUACAAGAGGCCUGGAUCUGAAGUCUUUUAGAGAGGCAUAUGGUGGCUCUCUUGUGUUCUCUCUUUUCAAGGCUUAUAAACCUUAUGUGGAAAGUGGGCAUGUUGUUUGCCUGGAUGAGCAUGGAACAGUUGUGAGUGCAGAUGAAAUCAAUACUGCGUUAUUGGAUGUGGACAAGAUCAGACAGCUGGCUUUCAUUCGGCUAAGUGAUCCAGAUGGGUUUCUUUUAUCAAAUGAAUUGAUAUCCCUUGCAUUUGGGGUAAUAGCUCCAUAGAACUGUAAUCAUUUAUUGGAGCCAGGAGCUGUUUCAAUGCCUAUAGAACCUAGCUGUAGAGGGUGAAAGCAUUUCACCAGCAUCAUCCUAAGAAGGGUGACCUUUUGUUGAAAGUUUUCAAGAGCAUAAAUUGUUGCAUCAAUAUUGAAAAUCAAAAUUAUAUACACAAGAUUGUUUGAACCUA